AAAAAUGGGGAUUUGACAUGUUCUAGCCCCAAGGAACAGAAGUGGUAGAGGGAAAAUAUAAUCAGAAUAGAGUAUCAAUAAAACUUUAGCCCCUCCCCUGGAUUCUGAAAUCUCCAUGAUGUCAAAAUCAAUGCUUUAGACUAGGGGAGAUGGGUUAGGAAGCACGGGAAUGAGAAGUGCAUACUUGAAGAAUUAAGAUGUAUUUCCCAGAAAAGGAACAUGAUGAAAGUGGUCAGAAGAAACAAUUUCCUUCCUCUUUUCUAGUUUUAAAUUAAGAGCCCCCUGCAGAGCCCCUUCCAUGUCUUGCAUGUUACAGAUUUCACUGUUCCCAUCGGUUGUGGAGAUAAGAUGUGGCUUCUGACUGCUCUGCUCCUUUGGGUUCCAGUUGAUGGACAAGUGGACUCCACGAAGGCAGUGAUCACCUUGGACCCUCCAUGGGUCAGUGUGUUCAAAGGAGAAAGUGUAACCUUUCGGUGUAAGGGGCCUGGGCAACCUGGAAACGACUCCACCCAGUGGUUUCACAACGGCUCACUCAUUCAGACCCUGAAUUCCACAUACAGCUUAACUGCUGCCAGCAUCUACAACAGUGGUGAAUACAUGUGCCAGACAGCUCUCUCAGUACGAAGUGACCCUGUGCAGCUGGAAGUCCACACAGGUUGGCUGCUACUACAGGUCUCUAGCCGAGUCUUCACUGAAGGAGAACCUCUGGUCUUGAGGUGCCAUGGAUGGAAGAAUAGGCCGGUGUACAACGUCGUAUUCUUUAAAGAUGAGAGAGGCUUAAAGUUUUCUUCUUGCAGUUGUGAACUCUCCACUCUGAAAACCAACGUGAGCCACAAUGGUAUUUAUCGCUGCUCAGGAACAGGAAAGCAAAAACACAUGUACACAUCAGCAGGAGUAUCUAUCACUGUGAAAGAGCUGUUUUCACCCCCAGUGCUGACUGCAUCCUUGUCAUCCUCCCUCCUAGAGGGGAAUCCAGUAAACCUGAGCUGUGAAAUAAAGUUGCCCCCACAGAGGCCUGGUUUGCAGCUUUACUUCUCCUUCUACAUGGGCAACAAGAUCUUGAAGGGCAGGAACACAUCCUCUGAAUACCAGAUACUAACUGCUAAAAGAGAAGAUUCCGGGUCAUACUGGUGCGAGGCGGCCACAGAAGAUGGCGAUAUCGUUAAGCGCAGCCCUGAGAUGGAGCUUCAGGUGUUUGGCCCGCAGUCACCAGCUUUCUUCUGGUUUCAUGGCUUUGUCUAUCUGACAGUGGGAAUAGCAUUUUUGGUGAACACUGUUCUCUGUGUGAAAAUAGAGAAGGACCUCCGAAGGCUGAGAAAGUUGUAUUUAUAAAUCUCUUCGACUUUUGGCUAUGGGAAAAAGGCAAUUUCUUACCUUCAAAAAUGUAGCUAUCUAGAGGAAGAGCUGAAGUGUCAGGAACAAGAAGAAGGACAGCUGUGAGAAAGGAGAGACCAGAAGAAGCCCCAGGAGAGAGCAGCAAAGCAGCAGCUCAGCGGGUGGCCAUAGAUCUGGACAGUCUGAUACCCCUUCCUUUCUGUGUAAGCACCAGGGCACAAGCAGCCAAAAGUUGAAAGACACUAGAACUAUGGGUCCCAUGGCAUCUGAUUAACUCUUAAAUAAAUCAAAUAAAUGAAUCAACUUCAAGUGAG